UGAUGAUGAUGGAGCCACGCGCGGCUCGUGCCUCGCGCACGCCGGCGCCUCGUUUCUGUCUCAGCCUGGUGCGGGAGUGAACUUAUUCUCACCUAACCCCGGUCCAUCACGCCGCCUAGGUCGUCACAUCGUCGUGGUCGUCGUCAUCUUCACCAUUGAACUUUCCACCAGUGGGGAGAGAAAAGGAGGAGUCGCGCGGUUCGAUGCGCGCACCAUCACAACAUCGCGAUCAUUCAUCAUCAUCGUCGCCGCUGCUGCUGUUGUCAGCCCUGCACCGUCCCGCUGCAGGAAGGCACAAGGCCUCCCGCAAUUCCAUCUCGAAGUUACAUUUGUCCACGCAGCGUCGUGCGCCUCUGAAUUGUCAUCACCACCAUCACCACCUUAGGUGUUGUUAUUUUUUGAGCUGCUCUGAUUUCAUCAUCGUGCCGCCAUAUCAUCGCCCGAGUGAUCAAAUCGUAAUCGUCACAAUAGGUCUUAUCAUCACCACUGGGGUUCCUAGCCUCGUAUCAUCAUCCGCAUUAUUGUAGAUCUCAUUAUCAGUUAACUGUCAGUUAGAGUUCGUCAUGAUGAUGACGACGACGACGAUCAUCAUGUUCAUCAUAGUUCUCUCGUGAUUAGCGCGCUGCUUUGGGAGUCACGGUUUACCCGGGUCCCCCCCCCCCACUCCACUCUUCGUAUGGCCGCGUGGGGGUCAUGGGGCAGCUCAUCUGCCGCCGCGACCUGCCGGCGCAACAGCAAGUUGGAGAGCUUCCUGGAGCGCUCGCUGCGCUGGGCCCACUGGGAGAGGGUGCGGGCCUACGAGCCGUGCGUGGUGGAGCGGCGCUACCGCUUCGUGGUGCUCACCGACGGCGCCCUGCUCGUCAUGGACAACCCGCCGCGCUCGCUGGGGCAGCUGGUGGAGCUCAGGGACGUGACCCACGUGCGCCUGGUGAACGAUUUGCCCGAGUUCCUGAGCGGCGCCGACCGCGAGAACGCGCAGCACAUCGUCGUCACGCACCGGCGCGCCGGCACCGGCGAACCCGCCGGGCCACGGCGGCACCGAAGCCGACGCCGGUCAGCGCAGACGACAGCCGGAGCUCGCGGCGAUGAAGACCGCCACUCGCCAGACCCCGGUCGAACUCCAUCGUCCGUCUCACCGGCCCACGCCAACGCCAAGACUCCGAGUCCAGCCGCAACUCCCGGCUUCCGUCCGCUACCAAAGCUGCCGGACUCCUGCGUGCCCUCGGCGGGGGCGGCCGCUUGGGGUGGCGCCACCGCUCGGCCGACGCUCGACCCUCCGACCGCCCGUGCCGGCUCUCCGGCAGCGGCGCGGAAGUCUCCGGACUCCUCUCGGGACUCGCGGCGCCGCGGCGACGGCUCGCCGGUGGCCUCCACUUUGAGGUGCGGCGUCAAAGUUCGAGGGCCGCCGGGCCGGAAGGACGGCGGCGGUGGCGGCGAGGAGGGGGAGGAGGGCGGCGGAUCGCCGGCCGAUACGGUGGAGCUGCACGUCUACAUCCUGUCACCGUCGUCCCCUUUCGUGCUGCACCUCAAGAGCACGCUGGACAACUUCCUGAUCAGAGCUACUCUGCAGUUCAGACCCGAGUUCGAUGUCAAAUUCUCAGCUCGGCUGCUUGAGCAAAGCACGUGCAGGAGCGCCGAGGAGGCAGGGGCGCUGUUCGGGCGGCUCUCCGCGGCGCUGCGGCACGAGGAGGCGUCCCCGGAGGAGACGGCUGCCGGCCUGCGGGCUCUGUGCCUCGGCGCUCACCGCUGCUUCACCGUCAAGGCGCUCUUCUGGCGGUCUGAGAGCCUCUUCCCCUUCCUGGCGUCCACCGUGCAGCGUCUCGUGAUCGCCGCUCGCUCCUCGCCCUGCGCUUUCCGCGCCGACCACAUCAGUCUGAGCGUCGUGGUGCUCAAGACGCUCGCCGCCAUGUUCAGGGAGACGGAGACGGUGCCCUGGCGCACAUCCACCCUGCUCGCCGAUAGCGGCCAGGCGCUGUCGGAUCUGCUGGCGGUGUUGACCUCUGACCUCACGACCCCGUUGACCCCGACGGAUGGGGAAGGACCGCGGCUACCGUCGACGCUACCGUCACCGCCGCGCUGCCUUCAAGAGCGGAGACUCGUGGCGGCUUACACGGAGGCUGCCACGGCGCUGCUCUACGAGGUGGUGGUGGCGGCCCGGCAGGCCGAAUGGAAUUCCGGCGCCGCGAGGCCUCUGACGGUCGCUUGGGUCGUCUCCACGCUCGAGGAGCUGCCGGCCACGGAGACGUUCGUGGCGGCCGCGAUGAACCGAGCGACGCGGGCCCUGGCGCGGCCCGCAAACGCGGCCGCGACGCCGCCGGAAUCGGCGGACCCGGCCGGGCCGGGGCCGUCACCCACGAGCGGCGCUCACGUCGACCCGGAGCCCCCUGACCCCCCGUGGCCGUCGCUCCCAUCGUCCUCGUCGGCCGCCGCCACCGUCGUCGGCCUCUCCCGUCGACGGGACACUCCGAACCCCGCGUGGCCGCCGCCUAAGACGUCACUGCUCCGCCGGUCGAUGGGGGCCCUGUUGCGCAAGCGGGCACCGCCUAAGGGAGACGAGAUCGGUGUCGCCGGAGGAGGGACGGGAGCAGGUCGGGGGGGGGCGACACGGCCGCCCGUGCCGGCGCCGGGGAAGGGCCUCUCGCCGCGCCAGGCGCUGCUGCUGCUGCGGCUGUUCCGCGUGCUGGAGGCGCUGGUGCGGCGCAGUGCGCGCUGGAGGGAGCGCGUCGUGAGGGACCACGCGCAGGAGUUCAGGUUCUACCUCCACCCUCUGGCCGUGGAGCAGCAUCUGCCCGCGGAGCUGCCGAUCAGGAGCCUCGUAGCCAGCGCCGUCAGGGACGUGCACUCCUUUCUGUUCCCUGAACUGGCGUGACGAGCAGCGCACGCGGGCCCCAGGACUCGGAGUGGCUGGGACUCGGAGUGGCUGGGACUCGGAGUGACUGGGACUCGGAGUGACUGGGACUCUGAGUGACUGGGACUCGGAGUGGCUGGGACUCGGAGUGGCUGGGACUCGGAGUGGCUGGGACUCGGAGUGACUGGGACUCGGAGUGGCUGGGACUCGGAGUGACUGGGACUCGGAGUGACUGGGACUCGGAGUGACUGGGACUCGGAG